AUGUUUAGUAGAGUCGUCACCAAGCGUACACUACAAACGGCAACCCUGGCGGUAGGUGGCUACGCCACCUACGAGUGGAGUAAACCGUAUUUCCAAAACGACGUUCGCGUAACAAGCAAACUCACCACGCAGGCGCCUGCUUUGCCCACGCGUGCGGAACUUUUGGACAAAAUGGCCAAAACCGAGCAAUUCGACGUCCUGAUCAUCGGUGGCGGUGCCACCGGCGCAGGGUCCGCAGUGGACGCGUCAACGCGUGGUCUCAACGUGGCACUGGUCGAAAUGAAUGAUUUUGCGUCCGGAACAUCGUCAAAAUCCACUAAAAUGGCCCAUGGAGGUGUCAGAUACCUGGAAAAAGCGUUUUGGGAACUCUCCAAGGCUCAGCUCGACUUGGUCAUCGAAGCCCUGAACGAACGUGGUCAUAUGCUAGAAACCGCCCCACAUCUGUGCAAGAUUCUUCCGAUCAUGAUCCCCGUUUACAACUACUGGCAAGUGCCUUAUUUUUACGUGGGUACCAAGAUGUACGAUUUGUUUGCAGGAUCCCAGAAUUUGAAAAGCUCUUACAUGAUGAGCGCCAAACGGGCUUCUGAAGCGGCCCCCAUGCUAGACGCUUCGAUACUGAAGGCCGGUCUCGUUUACCACGACGGCUCCUUUAAUGACUCCAGAAUGAACACUGCAUUGGCCGUAACCGCCAUUGAACGUGGCGCCACCGUCUUGAAUUACGUUGAGAUUACCCAACUGGUGAAAAACAAGGAAACCGGCCACAUCGAAGGAGCUUUGGCGCGGGACCGUGAAAGCGGUAAAGAAUUCAGCAUUAAGGCCAAAGUUGUCGUAAAUGCAACUGGUCCUUUCAGCGAUCGUAUACUUCAAAUGGACAACUCGAAAGAUGGCCUACCCAGAAACGAUUUGGUUCAGUUUGCCAACGAAGGUCAUGAUUCCAUUGGUUCCCGUAUUGCAGUGUCAAACCCCAGAAUGGUAGUUCCUUCGGCCGGUGUCCACAUUGUGUUGCCCGCAUUCUACUGUCCAAAAGAUAUUGGUUUGCUAGAUGCAAAGACCUCAGAUGGCAGAGUCAUGUUCUUUCUGCCAUGGCAGGGCAAAGUCCUUGCCGGUACCACCGAUAUUCCAAUGAAACAAGUUCCAGAAAACCCAACUGCCACGGAAGCAGAUAUCCAAGAUAUUUUGAAAGAAUUGCAACAUUACAUCAAGUUUCCUGUUAAGAGAGAUGACGUUUUGAGUGCAUGGGCCGGUAUUAGACCACUUGUCAGAGACCCUAGAAAGUUGAAAGAGGGAGAUGACGUUAAUUCCACUCAGGGUCUUGUGAGAAACCAUUUCCUAUUCACAUCUGACAACGGCCUCGUGACAAUUGCAGGUGGUAAAUGGACUACUUACAGAGAGAUGGCAGAAGAAACUAUUGAUGAAGUUGUCAAAGUUGGUCGCUUCCAAGCAAAGCCCUGUAUCACGAAGAAAAUCAAACUUGCAGGAGCUGAAGGUUGGGACCCCAAUUUCGUUGCCUUGCUUGCUCAAAAAUACCAUCUCUCGAGUAAAAUGGCAGAACAUCUUGCAAACAACUACGGAACCCGUGCUCCUAUAAUAUGCGAAAUGUUCCGUGAAGAUGAAAGAAACCAAUUGCCCGUCACUUUUGGAGGUAGAGAAACAGUCACUGUGUUCAAGAACGUUAAUUUCGACUCUUUCCGUUAUCCUUUCACGAUUGCCGAAUUGAAGUACAGUCUCCAAUUCGAGUACACAAGAACGGCUUUGGACUUUUUGAUGAGAAGAACAAGAUUUGGAUUUUUGGAUGCAAGACAAGCCUUGGCAGCGGUAGACGGUACUGUCAGCGUCAUGGGAGAUGAACUUGGAUGGGACGAGGCCAAGAGACAGUCUGAAAGACAGCAAGCCUCCGACUUCAUCAAGACUUUUGGUGUUUAA